AUGUUCUCGGCCGCUGUCCGACGUCAAGUGCCAGGCUCGAGCCGAACAUCAGCAAGGUCUGAAUCUAUCAUCCUGGCUGCCCGCCGAUCUUUCGCUUCAAAGGGUCAGCAGGAGCCACCGUUCUCGGGCUCUUCUGAAGCCGCGUCCGACUUUCGGAACCGUCUGGAGAGCGAAGCGAAAGCCGCGCCAGGAGCCAAUGCCAAGUUUGGACCAGAGAGGUUAGGGCCGUUCCCUAUGGGAGGGGGUCGUGUGCGGGCGAAGAAGUGGGCUCCAUGGAAGGAUCUUGACAUCGGCGGAAAAAUCGUUCGGACGACCGCUCAGACUGGCAAUCUCACAGUGGUUGUCUUCGGAGGAGCCCUCUUCGUAUUGCUAGCCUACUCGCUCAGUACCGAGCUGUUCUCGCGAAAUAGCCCCACAGUACUGCUCAACGAAGCCAUAGAUCUGAUCGAGGAUAGCGAGAUAAUGGACCUCCAUCUCCUCCGACCAUACUCCUUCACACACCUUCCUUCCGCCUCGUCGUCGCGAAGAUCGUCACCGGUCCAGAGCCAGGUCGUUCGCAACCCUGAGACGGGCAACGAACACCUGGUCAUGCGAUUCUGGGUGCAUGGCAGAGGGAUGGAUGAGAAGGACACGACGAUGGGAUGGAUCAAGGCUCGAUGGAGAGAGGGCAAAGUUUGGGUCAAGCAGGCCGUCAGGGAUAUGGGCGGUGAACCGGUAGACGAGCAGCCCGACGUGGAAAAGGUCACCGAGCAAGCGGUCGUAAAGAAGGAGGAACAAGGAUGGUUGUCUGCCAUUUUCGGUGCCCUUCGACCGUCUUUGCCCAAGCAGAACAACCUCUCGACGCCUAAGAAGAACCUACCUCCUCCAGGUACGUUUACCAGCGGAGAAGGUCGGGUCGACUUUUAUCGAGACCCGGACAGCGGGACGUACAAGAUGUUGACCUUAACGGUAGACGUACCCGGCACAAGAAAAGCCAAUCAACGAGCGGUACUCUACUGGUCAGGAUCAACGGAAGUGGCUAAGGAGAGCAUAUUGGAGGGAAAGAGCUAUCGCAUUACGUUCUAA